AUGGAUAACCAACAGCACGACCCUCAUGCACCUGGUGCACAAAACAAUCUGCCACGCCAACCACGACACAUUGGCGCUGGUGAUGCUCCUAACACCCACACGCAGCGUCAGGGAAUUGUGCCUCCUUCCAUCCCAAACAAUAAUUUUGAAAUCAAGAGUAGUCUCAUCUCUAUGAUUCAAGGCAACAAAUUUCAUGGCUUGCCGAUGGAAGACCCUCUUGAUCACCUGGACGAGUUUGACAGGCUCUGCAGCCUCACAAAGAUCAAUGGUGUCAGCGAAGAUGCAUUCAAGCUGCGCUUGUUCCCAUUCUCUCUUGGUGACAAAGCACAUCAGUGGGAAAAAGCUUUACCUCAGGGAUCCAUCACCUCUUGGGAUGAUUGUAAGAAGGCUUUUCUUGCGAAGUUCUUCUCUAACUCGCGGACUGCUAAGCUCCGCAAUGCAAUCUCCAGCUUUGCUCAGAAAAAUGGUGAAACCUUCUGUGAAGCUUGGGAAAGAUUCAAGAGCUCCACUACUAAAUGUCCUCACCAUGGUUUCAGUCAGGAAUCCCUCCUUAGUACUCUCUACCGGGGCAUUCUGCCUAAGUUCAGGAUGAUGCUUGACACUACAAGCAAUGGCAACUUCCUGAACAAGGAUGUUGAAGAUGGUUGGGAGCUUCUUGAGAACUUAGCUCAAUCUGACGGGAACUACAAUGAGGAUUAUGAUAGGACUGUUAGGAGCAACAACGAUACUGAUGACAACACCAGGAAGGAAAUCAAGGCUCUUCAUGAGAAAUUUGACAGGAUUUUGUUGGGUCAACAGAAGCAGGUUAUUUCUGUCUGUGAAGCUGAGCAGAUACAGGUCCCAGAUGGGGGGGUUGAUCCAACUGAGGAGUUAUGCUACAUGCAGAACCAAGGUGGCUACAAUAGAGGUUUCAACAACUACAGAGCUAACCCGAAUCUCUCCUACAGAAGCACAAACGUUGCUAAUCCACAGGAUCAGGUCUACCCUCAGCAACAACAACCUCAACAACAGCAGGCGCAGCAGCCGCACAAGCCCUUCGUUCCUUACAACCAGAAUCAGAAUUUUGCUCCGAAGCAGCAGUACUUUCAACCACAGCAGCAGGGCAACAUGAGUGCACCUCCAGGUUUUCCACCUCAGGCACCACCUCCCGAUAUGACAACUAUGCUUCAGCAACUUCUUCAAGGACAAGCAGCUGGUGCUCAGGAUGUUGCCAAGAAGUUCUCUGAAGUGCAACAUAAUUUUCACGAUUUGAACACCAAAGUUGAGGCACUGAACUCUAAAGUGAAGUACCUAGAGAGCAACCACGCUACAACUUCCUCUGCAAAGCCUCAAGGCCAACUUCCAGGAAAAGCUAUCCAAAACCCGAAAGAGUACCACCAAGCUCAAAGUAUUACCCUUCGCAGUGGCAGAAAACUCCCAUCUCAAACAGGACCUACUGCAAUCACUGUGGACAGUGAUGAACAAGAUGGGGAGGACUUCUGUGAACCAGAGAUUCAAGCUGAGCAGAAGGAAGAGGAAGACAAGAUCCAAGUUCAACCAGAGUUACAAGCUAAACCCUCGACUGAAAAAGCAACAGUUCCUGAAGCAAAGAAGCCAGUGUUCAUCCCACCUCCUUACAAGCCUAAACUUCCAUUCCCAGGAAGGUUCAAGAAAGAGUUGGUGGCAAAGUACAAAGCGCUUUUUGAUAAACAAAUGAAGGAGAUCGAAGUGAAAAUGCCUUUACUCGAUGCUAUUGCUCUCAUACCUCAGUCCCACAAGUUUUUGAAAGAUCUGGUAAAUGAAAGAAUCAAGGAGACUCAGGGGAUGGUGGUACUAACUCAUGAGUGCAGUGCUCUCAUACAAAGGAAGGCUGUCAUGGAAAAGCUCGGUGAUCCAGGAUGCUUCACUCUGCCAUGCUCCCUUGGUCCAUUCGCUUUCAAUAAUUGUCUCUGCGAUCUUGGAGCAUCUAUCAGCUUGAUGCCACUCUCCUUGGCUAAAAGAUUAGGAUUCACGAAGUUUGAACAAUGCAAUAUCGCUAUGAUUUUGGCUGACAGGUCUGUGAGGUAUGCUAAUGGUAUCUUAGAGGAUUUACCUGUCAGAGUUCUAUGUGGAGAUUCCUACUGA